AUGGCUACCAUGAAAGCCUUAGUGUAUCACGGCAAUGAACGAUUCGGCGUCGUCGAGCGCCCCAAGCCGACAGUAUCCGCACCGACCGAUGCCAUUGUCAAACUUUCCAAAACCACCAUUUGCGGGACGGAUCUACAUAUCCUCAAGGGCGAUGUACCCAGUGUGCAGCAGGGCCGUAUUCUUGGACACGAAGGUCUCGGAACUGUCGAGUCCGUUGGCGCAGGCGUGACCGGGUUCAAGCCCGGCGAUCGCGUCGUUAUCGCGUGCGUCACCUCGUGCGCGACAUGCAACAUGUGCCGCCGCGGGCUGUCCUCGCACUGCAUGUCUGGCGGAUGGGUGCUUGGCAACACGAUCGACGGCACGCAGGCCGAGUACGUGCGAAUUCCGCACGCCGACGGUUCGCUGCACCGUGUGCCUACGGGCGUGGACGAGGACGCGCUCGUGAUGGUGAGCGACAUCCUGCCAACGGCGCUUGAGUGCGGCGCGAUGAACGGGGGAGUGAGACCCGGCGGGAGCGUCGCCAUCGUUGGUGCUGGCCCUGUGGGACUCUCGACGCUUAUGACAGCGCAGCUAUACUCGCCGACGACUACCAUUGUGAUCGACAUCGACUUGGCGCGGCUCGAGGCCGCAAAGAAGCUCGGCGCGACACACGUCGUGCAGUCUGGUCCGGAUACGGUGCGGCAGGUGAUGGAAAUUACAGGAGGAGAUGGCGUGGAUACUGCAAUCGAAGCUGUUGGAAUCCCUUCGACGUUCGAGUUGUGCCAAGAGCUGAUCGGUGUCGGUGGAACAAUCGCAAAUGUAGGCGUCCACGGGAGCAAGGGAGAAAUCUAUUUGGAUAAGCUGUGGAAUCGUAACAUCGCGAUCACGACACGACAGGUAGACAAUAUAACCUCACCGAUGCUCAUGAAACUCCUGGAAGCUGGGAAAAUCAAUGCAAAGGCGUUGGCGACACACUCGUUUAACUUCAGCGACAUCGACUCUGCUUACGUAUCGUAUCAAGCAGCCGCAGAGACGAAGGCAUUGAAGGUGAUAAUCAACUUUGAGUGA